AUGUCGCACAUUAUUUCAAGGGCCUCAUGGCUCUCGCUCUUGCUGGUGUCACUGCUGGCAGUGUCUACUGUCAACGCGCUUCCAAUCUACCAGACAGACCAACAGAUGGAAGGACAAGUCGGUAAACUUGAAUCUCGGUCACCGGUUAGUCACUCAGAAGCGGCACUCUAUCUGUGGAAGAAAACACUGCUAACAGAGACACAGAGGCUUAUUCCAGACACUGCGGAAUACGUCCAUGAUAUCCUGCAAGGGCUGGGCCUGACAAAGCCAAGCCCAACCGCAACCGCAACACCCACGUCCACACCCACUUCCACACCCAUUUCCACACCCACUUCCAGCAUCAAGGACGAGCAAGACGUGGAAUAUAUGAAGCCAACACAAACCACGCACAUCAUCUACUCCAGCUCCACCAGUUACACACCGACUCAUGGCAGCAAUGGGGCGGGAUACACCCAUACCGUGAAACAGGAGCACAGCAACAACAGGCCGGUCGAGAAUAUCCAAAUCGGACAAGGUUGGAAUGGGGAUAAGAAAAUUACUGCCGAGAACUUCCCUGCGGUCUUUGAUGCUGUAUAUAGGGAGCUGGAACAUCGAUUGAGCGAUACGAUUAACAGUUCUGAUGAGAUUGGAUUGGAGGACUUCCUAUGA